UUUGCAGCAGUACAGAGCUGAAGUGUUCCAUUAACAGACUAACAUCUAAACACAACAACACACUGAGAGUGAAACAUGUCUGAGGGAGCAGAGCUGCUGCUGCAGCUCAAACAGAGACUCUGUCGCUCCAUAGACGAAGCCGAAGCGAAGCUGCACAGCCUCAGUCAGGACAUCUGGAGCUGUCCGGAGCUGGCUUACCAGGAGAACAAGGCUCACCUCAGACUGGUGGAGUUUUUCAGUCAGGAGGAAGGCUGGAAGGUGGACCCUCACUACAAACUGCAGACUGCGUUUCGAGCGUGUUGUUGGGUUGGAGACAGCGAGCAGAAAGACGUGGUCAGUGUGGGCUUCCUGUGUGAGUACGACGCCCUGCCUGCUAUUGGACACGCAUGUGGACACAACCUGAUAGCUGAGGUUGGAGCUGCUGCGGCUCUGGGGCUCAAAGCGGUGCUGGAAAACACACACAAGCUGCCUGUCCGGGUGCAGGUGACGGUGCUGGGGACUCCUGCUGAGGAGGACGGAGGAGGUAAAGUGGAUCUGAUAAAGGAGGGAGCCUUUGAUGGUAUGGAUGUGGUGUUCAUGGCUCACCCCCUGCAGGGUGACGCUGCAUAUCUCCCUCUUGUGGCCAUACAAGAUGUAACUAUAAAGUAUCACGGAAAGGCGUCUCAUGCCUCCGCCUACCCCUGGGAGGGAAUCAAUGCCUUGGAUGCAGCGGUGCUCUGCUACAACAACCUGUCUGCACUCAGACAGCAGAUGAAGCCAGACUGGAGAGUUCAUGGAAUCAUAAAGCACGGAGGAGUGAAACCAAACAUCAUCCCUGCCUACACGGAGCUGGAGUACUAUCUGAGAACCCCGUCAAGAGCUGAGCUUUCUGUCCUGAAGGAAAAAGCUGAGAGGUGUUUCAGAUCAGCUGCCGUGGCAACCGGCUGUGAGGUUGAAGUAGAAUAUGGGAGGAACCCUUAUGAAAACAUGUUGCGAAACAGAACACUUGAGGAUCUGUAUGAGAUCAAUGGAAAGUCUCUGGGGAUGGAAUUCACCACAGAUGAAGAAGCUCUGAACAACACUUCUGUCUCCACAGACUUUGGCAACGUGUCAUUUGUUCUUCCUGGCAUCCAUCCAUACUUCUACAUUGGUUCUAAUGCUCUGAACCACACAGAGGAAUACACUGUCGCUGCUGGUGAUGAUAGAGCUCAGUUCUUCACUCUGAGGACAGCCAAGGCUCUGGCCAUGACGGCUCUGGAUGUGCUGCUGCGUCCAGAACUGCUGCAGAAGGUGAAGCAGGAGUUCACUGAGGCAAAACUGAAGGAGGAGCAGAAUGCCAAGCAGCCUGCAAAACCAUCUUAAUGCAGGUGGAGGAGCUGCUGCUCCGCUGAGUGUAAAUCAAACUCAGGGAGACGUCUGCACUUAUUUUCUCACUAUGUUUAGGUUAAUCUAAAAAAAAUCUAUCAUAUUAUCUCAAAUAUUUUUGGCUUUGCAUUACUUGCACAUAAACUUGAAUUAGCGAAUUAGUAAAAAGCUAAUUAUAUUCUCAUAUCAACAGGAAUCCUCCUCAGAUCUAAAGUGAAAAAUGUAACAAAAUAUUCAUAAAUGGUAGAAUAUGUAUUCUAAUUCUUCACACUUUUUUUGUCAAAUUCAGUGAACAUCUCCACCAGCUAUCUGUCCUGUAGAUUUUCUGAAAAAAUCUGGUGUUCGUACACAGCCUUGGCUCUGUAAAUGUGAAAAAAAAAAUCCACCCAGAUCCUGAUCCACCCAGCACUAUAUCAGAGCGUUCUGUUCAUGUUCAUGCCUGUGCACAUUUUUGGGUCAUAAAGAAUCACAAACUUGCUCUCUAUCUAUCUAUACAUCAAGAAAACCUCACAAAAAAAUCUGUUGACUCUUAAAUGUUGGGUCAUUUUCAAACCUUAUUACCUACCUUGGUUGCUCACAACCUGGCACCUCUACAAGACACAUUCAGCCAUAUGUUAAAAUCAUCUGCAUGUAUUGUCAUUUGUGAAUUUAUACAUUAACUGUAUGAUUGUCAGUUCAAACUUAUACAGGGGGUCUUCCCUUUACAACAUCCUCGACCUAUGGCGUUUCGUCGUUACGUCGGAAGUGGUUAUGUGCGGGUCCUCAGUGUACGACGUACAGCGGUUCAUCUUUACGUCAGAACUGGUUACGCGGAACUAGUUGGCGAGUGGAGCAGAUGAAUAUGUCAUCUCGCGGUGAGCAGACAAAUAUGUCGUCAUGCGGCGCUAUAAGACAGCUUUGUUUACAUUCGCCGGUUGUACGCCACCCUGGAUCGUGCUACAUUCACUAACUUUUUGCCCUUCAUUAUGGCUCCCAAGCGUGAUCAAGUAGAUCAAGUUGUAAAAACAGUGCAACAUGUUAUCUUCAUGUAAAAUGACUCACACGUGCAUGAAAGUCAUUGGUAUUCAUGACUUUUCCGAACAGCUGAUUGAUAUCAUGAUGCACAUAUCGGCUUGUUUACAUUUUCGACGGAGUUCCGACUUACGCUGAAAAUCGACUUACGUCGAGCUGUAGGAAAGGACCUCCAACGUAAGUCGAGGACCCACUUUAUAUCCCAUGUUUCUACUGCCUUAUCUUGCACACAGCUGCUGCAACUUCUCAUACAGUGACACUUUCCAAAACUCAAAUCAGUCAGCACAGUGAUCACUAAUCACACUCAUGUACUUAAUUAUGAUUAUUAUUAUUGCAACCAGGCUAUUGCAAAAGGCUGCACUUCCAAAGAAGUUAAAGACUUUCAGAGCAUCCAUCAGAAUUUUGGAAGUCAUGGUACUUCUAUGGUUGGAAAUUUGUCCUGGAAAGCUACUUUUGUUGUAGUGGUAUUGAGACUGGCAAGGGAACUAUAUCAGAUUCCUUUAUCAGUCCUUGAAUGUAUUUUGAUCACCAUUUUCACACAAAAACACAUGCUCAUGUACAUUCUAAUUUGCACAGCUGUUGUCAUCUAAACCCUCCAUGACCAAAGAAAAUACUGGACUGAACUAAACCGAUAAAUAGCGGCAGAUCCAUCGUAUAGUGUGACAAUAAGCCAAACAGAAAAGCUUCUAUAUCUUUGUGUUCGCAGUUAUUCAGUAAAACAGUGAGACAAUAUGGUCGCCAUCAGGUCAAACUGUGAAUCACAGCAUUGCCUUACAUAAUUUUUUUCUAUCCAGCAUGCUGAUAACUUUGGAAAAAAGUUUUCCUACGGUGAUGGGGAACGUUUCGAUGUGAGAAAAUUGCUGAAAGAUAAAUAAUGUGAAAAAUCCAGGGAGUUUAGUGCUAAAUUGAAAGCGAUACUGCACUGCAUGGGGUGACACAAACAGGAAAUCGCCAUAGAAGAAAUAGUCUUCUAAGUAAACACUGCUCACGCUGCUGCAGCAAUAUCAUCUAGCUUUAAAAUACUUCACGUUAUCGCUUUAAAUGUUUACUAAUGUAUAGUUUCAAUGUAACAUGAUUUCAUUAAUGCUUGCAAGUUAAGCAAAAAAGAUGUCGAUGCAUAUCUUUACUGACAUUAAUAGUCCUGAUUUUUAUUAUCACGCUGAAUGGUUAUAAACUAUUCCAAUAGUCAUUUUUAAAAUGUCACUUUUUUUUGUUUUUGGGAUGACUGUUAGGGAAAAUCUGAUGUUUACAGAGAUGUGUCUUGACGAGCACGGUGCCUAUUACAUAAGCCAAUAAAUAAAUAAAUAGAAUGAAACAAAACUGAA